AUGAAGGACUUGAAGCUUCUUUUUAAAAACAAAAGACUUAAAGCCCAAAAGACUACUGAGGUUGUCCCAAGACCCUCGGGGGAAAGCUCAGUCCACAAAGAACUUGUCAGGGCAGGCAAUGUCUUGUUAUCUGUCGCUUUGUCACACCGACCACCUCCAUCGGAAGACGCACAGAUUGCACCCGAACAAACACAGACGGCGGGACACGAAGAAAGAAUUGCUAAAUCCCUGUGGGACCGAGUGCUACUGGAACUAAAGGGUUCAAAAGACCGAGACGCUAUAUAUCUGAUCGAUGAAAUCGAGAAACAUUUUCCCCAGGAUGGAUCCUCUAAUGCCAGACCGAUAGUCAUGACAGACCUAAUAUCAAGCAUUAAAGAGGUGAUAGAGCAUCAAUUUAAGGAUAAGCAUGGUCAUAAUUCGACAUCCGCCUAUGUUGAAAAGACUAUUUCUAUCCUCAAUCAGUUCAUCUCAGUAGGUGAUAUUGCAGUUAGCUAUGAUCCAGUACAUGCAGCCCUCCCAUGGGCUGCUGUACGAGUGGUCCUUGUGGGUAUUACGGCGAAUCAACAGUUAAAUAUUCGAAUAUUGGGAGGUCUGGCUUCUGUUACCUCACUUCUUCUGCAGUGCAACAUGUAUCAAAGGUUAUACUUAACCUCCAGCUCUGCCACGGAUGGUAUCAAGGACGCUCUAGAGGCUCUCGAGAAAUCCCUUGUUGACUCAUACGUAACUUCUUUGUUUUUCCUCAGCUUCCUAUAUUCUUGCAAAAACAAAUCUAUGGCAAUCAUAGCUCCAUUUUUACUCGACGAGGUGGAGAAGAGAGUCAAGAAUCUCGACGAGAGCGCUUCCCAACUUACUAGACGCGCAGACGACUCACUUGUCAAAUUACCACUUGUAAGGACCACUUCUUCAUUCAAGUUUGAGGCUCUAACAGUACAUAGAAUACUUCUCAAAAGUAUACAAAAGGAGUUCAUCCUAAGUAAGCUUCAGGUUGCUCAAGGAGCAGCUUAUGAUGACUUUUCUCAAGCGUUCAGAGAUGAAUGCCACCCUGGCACACGGCUUGAAAUACUUGACACCAUAUAUAAGUGGGCAGCCGAUCCAUCUAGUCCCUCCAUUUUCUGGUUACAAGGGUUGGCUGGGACUGGCAAAUCAACCAUAGCUCAGACAGUAGCAAAGAAUCUUGACGGGAAAAGUCUGGGCGCAAGUUUUUUCUUCAAGCGAGGUGUGGGCGACCGUGGAACGGCUCGGCGGUUUUUUGCCACAAUUGCGAGCCAAAUGAUCCGCAAGCAACCUAUUUUAACGCAGGUUCUCCAUGAGAUACUUCAGGAAGAACCCGAGAUCGGAAGCAAACUGUUGGAGACUCAGUUUCGGGAGUUGUGGGCUCGUCUUCUCAAGGAGGUUCAUAUCGAGUCUACUCCGGAGUGGACGACGAUUGUGGUCGUUGUCGACGCACUCGAUGAAUGCGAUCCGCCAAAGGAUGCAAAGCUUCUGAUCAAACUAUUAACGGCACACAAUAUGGGCCCUCUUGUUAAAAUCAAGAUUUUUCUUACCAGCAGACCAGAAUAUCAUAUAAACCAACAGUUCAACAUUACAGAUAGUAUCCUGGAAUGGCCUGGAAAAACGACACUCGAUCGGCUAGUACGGAUGGCGAGCCCUCUGUUUAUCUCUGCUGCAACAAUUUCUCGAAUGCUCAGAAACGAUCAGUGGCCAGCGACACCUAAUCAAAAGAUUGACUACAUCCUGGAGUUCAGCACAAGGGGUGAAGGGCAUGUGGAAGACUUGUACCGUUCCAUUUUGGCUCAAAUUAUGGACAAAAUUCCAACUCAUGCCAGAAACAACUUUAUCGCCGAGUUUCAGAAAAUUGUUGGGUCAAUCAUUCUUCUUGCCAGCCCUCUAUCUGUUUCUUCCCUCUCCAAUUUGAUUGGGAUUCACAAGGGUGAAAUAUACAACAAAAUAAACCCUCUUUCUUCUGUGUUGGAUGUCCAAUCUGCGGAUACGCCGAUCAAACUAUUCCAUCUCUCAUACCGAGAUUUUUUAUUAGAUGAGAAUUCAUUUAUUGGCAAGAAUAGCGAGUCCUGUCGAGGCUUACGAAUCAAAGAAGCAACCAUUCAUGCGUUGUUGGCAGAGCGAUGUGUACAAUUGUUAUCGACGGAUUUGCAUAACGAUAUCUGCAAUCUUCAGGACCCAGGCGUGGGUAGAGAAGACGUUCAAAAAGAGACAAUUGAGAAACAUUUACCCCAAGCUAUAGCUUACGCAUGCAUCUAUUGGGUUUUCCAUGUGCAAGCAGGAAAGACAGAGCUCCAUGAUGGAGGACCAGAGCAUAAACUACUUCAAUCCAAGAUGCUAAAUUGGAUCGAAGCGUUGACUUGGCUUGGAAGAAUCAACGAAGGGGUUGAAAUCAUACUUACCUUGAAGACACUUGCCGAUAUGCCCCAGAUUGGUUCUGACUGGCCGGCUUGUGUACAAACCUUAGAACAUGAGGAAUUCGAAUAUCCUUUAACGGGUCUCAUCUUUUUAUCCAACGGGAAAUUGAUAACCAGCGACCAUAGCGGCUGUGUCAAGAUCUGGGACAUGACAACAGUAUCUUGCGUUUAUGAGUUCAAUACCAAGGGGCCAGAGAUAAAUCGACUUCUCGCAUGCCCAGAUGGUAGACUCAUAAUUAUAGGAGAGAGAGAUAUAGAGCUUUGGAACAUCGAAGAUCAACAAUAUCUAAAUACAUUCUCGACUCUUCGAACGUGGCCAUAUGCAAUCAUAUCCUCAUCGCUUAUCGGAGACGCUCUUUCCAUCAUAUCAUCAGAAAGAGAUUACACAGUCUUCAAUGUAUUAUCUGGCGAAUCCACAAGUGUUCAACUCAGUGGAUUUCCUGGUUCUGUGGGUAUAAAAGCAUACAUUUCGCAAGAUGGCAAAUGGGCUGCCUUUUUUGAUUCACACGACAUUGUUGUUUGGGAUCUCCACGCCAAUAUUAUUUGCCGAGAGUUCAAAAGCGAAACGCACAGGAUUGAUAAGGUUAUCUUCGACCAUGAUGGACAGUUCCUAAUCAUUGGGUACGACAAAGGCAUUAUUCAGUUCCUAGAUAUCAAGACGGGGGAAACAGGAGUAACGUUUGACGGACAAGUUGAAGGGAUCACGGCGCUCGCUUUAUCUAACAACCAAGAGAUACUCGCAAUUUCGGGCUAUUCUAAUGAGAUAAUUGCGAUCUGGGAUGUCGAAAAUCAAGCUCUACGACACUUCCUUACCGGCCACACAGAGAAGAUCUUUAACAUGGCUUUCUCUCUAGACGACACAAUGCUAGCAUCCUCCUCAACCGACCAGAUCAAAAUAUGGGACUUACAUACCCCACCUUCUACAACAUCUGGGAUCGGUGAUGCUAGUACUAUUACACACAUGUCUCUGGACUCGAAGGGCCAAACAAUCUAUUUUUCAACAAAAGACACGAUUGGUACAUUAGAUUUGAAACACAUGAGAUACAACCCAUUAGAUAUUGGUAAACCCGACGACCUGGUGUUUCACGUUGAAUUCUCAAGCUUCGCGCCUUUGGCGGCAAUCCUGUUUGACGAAUAUAUAGAGAUAUGGGAUUUGAAUCAGUGUCGUCAGAUACAGACAUUGCGGAAUAUACAAGAUAAUCGGAUAAUUUACACGUCCAGCUCCAGCCAGUCCUGGGGCUUUUUUAGGACCUCUUUUAGGUCUGAGAUACAUAUUAUGGAUUCUAUUGCCGGCAAUUCUAGGAGAAUGUUGAAGGAACUUGACGAGAAAAUUAAUAAAGUCGUCAUAUCUUCGGAUAGCGCGAAAGUGGCAUUCAUCCACCGUUGGAACAUUCGUAUUGAGGAUUUUUCGACGGAUCGUCUAAUACCUGUGUCUAUCAUCAACGCGGAUCUCAAUGGCACAUCUGUCAUGUUUUCAGCCCAGGGGGCGCAGUUAAUUACCAUUGCGUCAAACGGCAAAAUCGAGGUUUAUAAUACGUCGACAGGAGAAAAUAUUCUAGGCUUCUACCCUAUUCCAGACAUAUUUGCCGAGUAUAUGGGAUCCAAAUUUCCUCCAGCCUUUGUCAACACGGAUUUUAUUGUCCACAAGCAUAUGGCUAUUGAGAAAGCCAGACAAUCAAUGUUGAAGAAAUAUUGGACAUCCCCAAAUAAAGACUGGCUGAUGAGAGAUUCGAAGAGACUUAUCUUCGGGUCCGGAAGCCGUAUUAUCACGAUGGUACUUGAUGGAUUGUAG